AUGCAAAUUGAUGGAAAACAGAAGCGCUACUGCUCACAGAAUCUCUUUUAUCGUGUUCAUUCUCGCAAUGGUGAGAAAGUCCCAAGGUCAUGGUUGUGUUAUUCACCAGCAACAUCUCGCAUUUACUGCUUUGUAUGUAAAUUAUUUUCUCCUGAUGAUAAUUCAUUCUCAAGGAAUGGUUUUUGUGAUUGGAAAAAUGCAGCUUCACGAAUACAGUCACAUGAAAACAGCAUUGCACAUAGAAAUGCAACAAUCACAUUCAGCCAAAGAGUACAAGUCAGAGGAUGUGUAGAUUCAGCAAUAGUUGAGCAAUACAGACAGGAAUGUGCAUAUGCAAAAUCUGUGCUAGAAAGAGUUGUCUCAGUUAUCAAAUUCCUUGCUGAAAGAGGGCUGGGAAUUUUGGAGUUGAUUGCUCAGUUUGAUCCAUUCCUCUCCAGUCAUAUUGACAACCAUGGUAGUAAGGGCAAAGGCUCUGUUUCAUACCUGUCAUCAACAAUUUGUGAUGAGUUAAUUGAUGUCAUGGGAAAGCAAGUUAUGAAAACAAUAUUGUCUGAAAUACGUGGAGCAAAAAUUUAUUCGAUUUCUGUUGACUCUACUCCAGACAUACCUCAUGUUGAUAGGCUGUCAUGUGUCUUUCGAUAUGUUUUGAACGAUGGCCCUAUAGAAAGGUUUGUGCAAUUUUUAAGCAUGAAAGGACAUGGGGCAGAAGAUUUGUUUAACAGUUUAUACAGCUUUCUGGAAGAAGCAAAGUUGGAUAUAAAAUAUUGCCGAGGUCAGUCCUACGAUAAUGCUAGCAAUAUGGCAGGAAAAUAUUCAGGGUUACAGGCACGCAUUCGAGAGAAGAACCCAUUGGCUGAAUAUGUGCCAUGUUUUGCACACUCCCUUAAUUUAGUCGGUGCAUCAGCUGUAAACUGCGUGACAUAUGUAGAUGAUUUGGAAGAGUCAUUUGAAGAUGAAAUACUUCACUUCAAAGAAUAUUUGUUAGCUGAUACGUACUUGCAACAGAAUGAGAAAGAACUGAAACGUAGCAUAGAGCUGUAUAUGUAUUGGGCUUUGAGAAACAGCAGUGCACUACAAGAUAUAUUUCCAAAUGCUGCCACAGCACUUCACAUAUACCUCAGUUUGAUAAUCACCAACUGCAGUGAUGAAAGAUCAUUCUCUGCAUUGAAACGGAUAAAAAACUGCGAAGUGCUUUGGGUGGUGACAAACUAA